UUUUGUGAAGCGAUGCUCUUGUUCUAGAUCCAUACGGCUAAGGUGUUGAUGGCUCGAGCGCACCGGAUAGAAUGGGAAUGGGCUCCGAGUAGUAACUGAGGUUGGUUUCAUAGGGUGGCUCUCUAUCCAUUGUUUGAAACUACAGAUUUGGCGGGCGAGCCGGAGAACUGAGCGACUAUCCCGAUCGGGACUAGCGCCACAUCUCCGAAUUCUUCCUCCUCCAAAGGAAUUAUUAUCAUUGAUGGCCGCCAUCAAUCGUGGAAAAAGACCCGGCCUGGCGACCUCCUCCCUCUCACCCACCACUCCGGAUUCCGGCCCUUCCUCUCUUCAAUGGCUUCCGUACUAUCGACUCGCGCGGUCAGGACCGCUUCCUGCUCCGCAUGCCGCUCCCUCGCUCGUCCCAACUCGAUCGCAGCCGGUCUCCUUCCGCGGCGAGGACUCUCGACGGCCACCGAAGAUGCAGCAGUCAACCAUGCGGACAAGCCCCGGUGGUCGUACACGCCGCCUCGUGCCAAAGCGCCGUUCUCCUUGAGACUCAACUCCAACCGCCCCGAGUUCCCCGUGAACUCUGACCCCAAGGUUCUGGACCGGUUCUACAUCCUCAUGCUCGGAAACGACGGUGACAAGAUGCUCUCGGAGGAGACCAAGUGGCUCGCAGUGACACACAAGAGUUUUGAUCAGGGCCGGAGAGGUUUCAAUGACCGUUUGGCCUUCCUGGGCAAGCGUAUUGUUCAGCUGCAGGCUUCGUUGGCUCUGGUCCAGAGUCCUAGCAACGCUGCUAACUCUGCCACCCCCGAUGCGUAUGGCCGGGUCCCCUUCACUCACCCGGCUUUGGAUAGCCUGGACAACCUCGACUACAACACGAAGAGCUUCCUUACGAGCAAGACGAAGCUGUCGGAAUUGGCUCACAAGUAUGACAUGCAGAGAGUUGUGAGAUGGUGCCCUCGGAAGCCCAACAACCUCGAAAGUUCUGGAAUGGACCUCGUUCUCGCCCACACAAUGUACGCUGUGAUCGGUGCCAUCUCCCUGGAGAAGGGCAAUGCUGUUGCGAACAAGGUGGCCCGUGAGCGCAUAUUAGCACCUCUGGGAUUUAAGAUCGCGGCUUGAGUUGGGUGAUUGAUUUUUGGGAAAUGGCCGCAGGUGCAUUUUCAAGGCGUUACUUCCUUUUUCUCUUUUCCCCUUCCCCUUGUUUUCUUUGUGCCCUGGAUGUUCUGUGUAUGUGUUGGGGCCUUUUCUUCAUCCGCCAUAUAUUAUGUAUUUUUAUCUACGACUUGUCUUACAUAGUGACUGCAAAUACCACCGGAAGUUCUGUCUUCU